CACUAAUACGAAGUAUACUAGUAUAGUCUUCAAUAGUGGGGUUUUGCAAGGGUUUAAGCUAGAGAAGAUCAUUCUUAAUUGUGCAAGUUUCCCUCUUUGUUCUUCUGUUCCUCAAUCAAUUAUUCAAGCUGCUCACCAAAAUGAGAAGGGCUUCAAUCAAACUCCUCUCUUUCUCAAAACCCAGAUCAAUAUCUCGCAACUUAACCACCCAAAUCUGUUCAACCCUAGUUUCAACUGAUCAAUCAUGUACCCAGUUGAACUCUUGCUCCAAUUCCAAGGGUUUACUCUUUUUCACCCCAAAAACCCACCAAUUCCAGAAAACCCCAUCUCAAAAUUUCAACACCCAAGUUGAAAUUCACUCUAAAUUGCCUUCUAGGCAGAGGAAAAUCAAAGAAAGAUCGCAAAUUGAGAAUGAUUUCGAGGCGGCGAAGACGGCUGAAGAUAUGCUUGAGGCUUUCAAAGAAAUGGAGGCGAAUUUUGAUGAGAAGGAUCUUGGUUUAGCUUGCUUGAAAAUUGGUCUUAAACUUGACCAAGAAGGUGAGGAUCCUGAAAAAGUUUUACCUUAUGCUAUUAGAGCUUUGGCUGUUUUUGAUAGUGAAAAUCAAAUUUCUUUACCUAUUGCUAUGACUUUACAGCUUUUGGGUUCUACUAGUUAUUGCUUGAAUAAGUUUAAUGAUGCUUUAGGGUAUCUUAAUAGGGCUAAUAAGAUCUUGGGUAGGUUAGAGGAAGAGGGUAGUUUUCGAGCCGAGGAUUUGAAAUCUAUUUUACAUGCUGUUCAGCUUGAAUUGGCUAAUACUAAGACUGCAAUGGGUAGAAGAGAGGAGGCAUUGGGGAAUCUGAGGCAUUCAGUGGAGAUUAAAGAGUUUUUGAUGGGUGAAGAUAGGAAAGAAGUUGGUAAUGCUUAUAGGGACUUGGCGGAAGCGUGUGUUGCCAUUUUGAACUUUAAGGAAGGCUUGCCGUAUUGUUUGAAAGCGUUGGAGUUACACAUAAAAUUGUUGGGGGAGAAUUCGGUAGAGGUUGCUCAUGAUAGGCGGCUUCUUGGAGUAAUUCACACUGGGAUGGAGGAGUAUGAGAAGGCAUUAGAGCAGAAUCAGUUAUCUCAGAAAGUUCUGAAGAAUUGGGGUCGAAGCUCUGAUUUGCUUCGUGCUGAGAUCGAUGCUGCUAAUAUGCAUAUUGCUCUUGGGAGGUUUGAGGCAGCUAUAAACACGUUGAAGGGGGUUGUUCAGCAGACAGAAAAGGAUAGUGAGCAUCGGGCUCUUAUUUUUAUUACAAUGGCCAAAGCGUUGGUGAGUCAAGAGAAGUUUGCUGAUGCAAAGAGGUGUCUAGAGAUUGCUUCCGGUAUACUAGACAAAAAGGAAAAGUUGAAACCCUUAGAUGUAUCUGAGGCUUAUAUGGAGAUAUCUAUGCAAUAUGAGACAAUGAAUGAAUUUGAAACUGCAGUAUCCUUGUUGAAGAGAGCACAUGCUUUGCUUGAAAAGCUGCCUCAAGAACAGCAUUCUGAAGGAAGUGUGUCUGCUAGGAUUGGUUGGUUACUCUUAUUGACGGGUAAGGUUACACAGGCUAUUCCUUAUUUGGAGAGUGCUGCUGAAACUUUGAAAGAAAGCUUUGGCCCCAAGCAUUUCGGAGUUGGAUAUAUCUAUAACAACUUAGGGGCAGCUUAUUUGGAGCUGGAAAGACCACAGUCAGCAGCACAGAUGUUUGCUGUUGCAAAGGAAAUCAUGGAUGUCUCACUUGGUCCUCAUCAUGUUGACUCUAUUGAGGCAUGUCAAAACCUCUCAAAAGCAUAUGCUUCCAUGGAAAGUUAUGCCCUUGCAAUAGAAUUCCAGCAAAAAGCAGUUGAUGCUUGGGGGGGUCACGGGAAAAAUGCAGAAGAUGAGCUUAGGGAAGCAUGCAGAAUUCUGGAGCAGCUGAAGAUCAAAGCACUAGGUGGCUUCUCAUCCAAAGUGCUCCCAACAAAGGCCUUGCCCUUGCCUCAGAAUAGCAAUCCUACCAGGAUAGAAAGAAGAUGAGGACAGAAAGAAGACAACCAUGCUCUUGUGGAAGGUGGUGGAGAUGGUUUGCAAAGUUAAAGAGGAACUACGAAUGUCUUAGCAAAAGCUUUUGAGGGGUUUGAAUAUCAACGAGGAAGCUGCGACUUUGAAGGUUGUGAUCUUUGGUUGAUCGGCUUUAGUCGGUUUUAAGGGAUACAUUAGUGGUUCCUCUUGGAACUUGGCACAAAAGAAUUUUUGCAAACCUGUAUCAAAAUUAAGCAUGAAAGUACAUUUAAUGGAGAAAGAGAAAAGUUUACGAAAAAUCCCUUCGCAUUUUUUAGAUAUAUUUUUUUUCUUUGGUGCAAGCAUUUUUUUAGAUAUAUCAUUAAGGUAUUACUUGUAUUUGCUUCCUUCUAAUUGUUUUGUGCUCCUUAGUGCUAACAAAGGCAAGAAUGGCAAUAAAGGUUUGGUUUGAGUUGAAGCUAAAGUGAGUAGAGGACCGAGUGCAUCUUGGUGCAUAGCUCCUAUGCGUUUUGGAAACACAUAGGAGGGUAAAAUAGUCAUUUGACAUUUAUAAAGGUUUUUUUUUUUCAUUUUUUUUUAUUUUUUUUUUAUGGAUACAAUGGUAUUUUUUGUAUACUAUUAUGCAUGUGUAUUAUACCAUUAUGUAUGUUUAGCAAUUUACUAGAUUAUACGCUGUUUUAGUAUUACUCUUAUAUCACACAGUGGUAUAAUAUUUGAUAUACAAUUUACAUAUAAAAUUUAGGAAAUUUUGUCUAAAACUAUUCUAAAGAUAAGGUCAUUGGUGAACAACUACCCGUUUUUUUUUUUAAUUUGUUUAGAUCUACUCGAAAGUUAUGAAACGUUUGGGUGGCACUAUCCAGUAACGUUGUUCGUCUAAUUAAAAAGUUAUUGGGGCCCACUUUUUCACUUUUCCCACUUAAUUAACUCCCCCA